CAGGCACAACUUGGAUUAGAUCGAGGGUCAGUGCAGUCAUUCGCCUGUUGUUGCAGCAGCAUUCUCUCGUCGGCAACAUUUUUUUAUUGUUCGCAUUAGUUUGUCGGUGAGCAGGACACAGUGAAUUGACAGACCGUCGGGAUGGCAGUUUGUACGGAUCGCUCAACUCAGAUUCUGCCUGGUUCUCAUACAAGUCGGGCCAUUGACAUAGUUAACGUGGCUCAGCGAGCGAUGAAUGCCAAAGUCACCUCUACAUCAAGUCGCAUCUUGGAUAUUCCUUGCAAAGUCUGUGGCGACCGGAGUUCGGGCAAGCACUACGGUGUGUACGCCUGCGACGGCUGCAGUGGAUUCUUCAAGCGUAGCAUUCGGCGGAACCGUACAUACGCCUGUAAGAACCGCAGCGGCGGGUCCUGCCCAAUCGACAAGACUCAUCGGAACCAGUGUCGGGCAUGUCGACUCAAGAAAUGCAUCGAGGUCGACAUGAAUAAGGACGCUGUGCAGCACGAGAGAGGCCCUCGUAACUCCACCAUCCGCAAACAGAUGGCAUUGUACCUGAAGGAGUCGGCUGCGGCCGCUACUGAUGUAGCCAGCCCGUUGGUAGCUGCCUAUCCUCCCCACGCUACCACCGUGAUUAGCCCGCUAAGCAGGACGGAGACGUACGGGCCACUGAUAGUCACUACAUCGGAGUACGCCUUACCGGCUGGCCCAUUCCCUUGCUACCCAACACCUAAGCACUAUCCUCGGGACUAUAUUCACCCGGUACACAGUAGUGUGGAGACGGUGUGCGAGACGGCGGCCAGACUGCUUUUUAUGAGUGUCAAAUGGGCCAAGAAUGUGCCAGCUUUCGUAUCGCUGCCGCUGCAAGAUCAGUUGCUUCUUUUAGAGGAGGGAUGGAGAGAAUUGUUCAUACUAGGAGCAGCGCAAUGGCACAUGACCAUGGAUGCUGCAGCUCUCCUUAACGCUACAGGUAUGCAGCCUGAGAAUACACCAGCGGAGAAACUCGCCGCGAUAUCAAGCGAGCUGAGAGUUCUGGAAGAAAUCAUUGUGAAAUUGCGACAAUUGGAGGUAGAUGCUACGGAGUACGCAUGCCUCAAAGGAAUCGUCGUCUUCAAGACAGACAUUUCUAGUGUCGAAGAGACAGCCGCAGUAGCUAGCCUUCAGGACCAAUCUCAACUGACUCUCAGCAAGUACAUCACCCUUCGUCAUCCGACCCAGCCCUUCCGGUUUGGCAAACUCUUGCUCUUGUUGCCAACCUUACGCGCCGUGCGCCCAAGCACGUUGGAGACGCUGUUCUUUCGUCAGACUAUCGGUAGCAUGCCCAUGAAGCGAUUGCUUUCUGAUCUCUACAAGGCCCAUGAAUUCUGAACCUGAUCCCCGACGUUCCUCUUUUAAGUUUACAACGCCAAUGUUAGUGCCUUGAAUUAUCAUUCCAAAGAUUAUGCAAAUUUAAUGUUUUAUUAAAGAAUUACCGAAAUGAGUGGACGCCUUCUUAUCAGAAAGAAAAAUCUAUUUUUACGACUAUGAGCGCAAACCCGGGCUCGUAAUAAUGUACCCGUAAAAGUUUCUCAAACAGAAUUGAGUUUCAUUUAAAUUUUUGUCUUUCCACAGAACAGUAUCAAUUAUCAUGUGCCUAUGUUACUACACGGAGCAACUGAAAAGAAAAACUGAGGUCUUAAUGGCUCAUUAUCAGUCAACAGAGGUCGCCCUACAAUAUGUAAACAAGAAGGCCUCGUUUUAUGAUUAAGAGGGGAAAAAUGGUUUUGAAAAUAGAUUUAAAUAAAUGAAAAUUUAAAAUUCAAUAUGGAAUAGGGAAAAAGACCUAGUAGUAGCUUUAAUUUGCCGAUCUUAAAAAAAAAAAUUUCCAUCGAAGCGAUGCCUAUGGAUUAAAGCAAACCAGAAGAGGUAAUGAAAACUAUUGCACUUGUAGUGACAAUUUCACGGGCAUAGUUUUAAGCACAAGCGACUUUGUGAAGACAAAAAGUGAUGUACAUUUCUGUCAAUAAUAGUGUAAAUAUUGAUUUUGUUAACAUUUUUACGACAAAUGAAUUCAGGACACGAAUCAUUACAAACCAGAAAAAAAAAAGACUUUGGACAGUGCCUUAGAUAGGACGACUUUAUGAAUAAAGGUUUUAGAGGUGUCUUGGCGAAUA